AUGCCGGAUCAUUCGACGGCUUAUAUAGGGACGGCCUUUGUGGCUGGAGUCUGCCUGGCCUUGACAUAUAACGAAUUAUCACGUCCCAAGCGUGAUGAAAUUACGACAGAAGAAACAUCGCGAAGAAAUGACUUAGUCGCCCACGCUGGUCCACCAGCUAUUGUGGAAGGUAUCGAGGGCUGUAUUGGAAAUACACCUCUUUUUAGGAUCAAGUCACUGUCGGAUGAGACAGGAUGUGAGAUUCUCGGCAAAGCAGAGUUUUUGAAUGGUGCCGGCCAAAGCUCAAAAGAUCGAGUAGCAUUAAGCAUGAUUGAAAUUGCCGAAGAACAAGGUAUCCUGACGCCCCAUUCAGGCGACACAAUCUACGAAGGGACAUCAGGAUCAACCGGAAUUUCAUUAGCAACCCUCGCCCGGGCAAAGGGCUACCUAGCACACAUCUGCCUACCCUCAGACCAGGCAAUCGAAAAAUCCAAUCUACUUCUCAAACUAGGUGCAAUUGUCGAUCGGGUGCCCCCAGCACCAAUCGUUGAGAAAGAAAACUUUGUCAACCGGGCUCGAGCACUCGCCAAAACGCACACUGCCUCUUCGGGCUUGGUCUCCACAUCAGAAGACGAUCUCGAUCUUCCCGCCGAUGAAAACAUGGCACGUGGCCGCGGCUUCUUUGCUGAUCAGUUUGAGAAUGAAGCUAACUGGCGCGCUCAUUACGAGGGCACUGGUCCAGAACUGUAUGCCCAAUGUGGGGGUCGGAUCGAUGCUUUUGUAGCGGGGGCCGGGACCGGCGGGACGAUUUCUGGUGUGGCGAGGUUCUUGAAGCCUUUGCUGCCCAAAAUUCAAGUUGUACUUGCUGAUCCCCAGGGAAGUGGAUUGUUCAAUCGGGUUGUGUAUGGUGUUAUGUUUGAUGUUAAGGAGAGAGAAGGGACGAGGCGGCGUCGGCAGGUCGAUACUAUUGUGGAGGGGAUCGGGAUCAACCGUGUUACUGCUAACUUUGAAGCUGGCAAGGAGCUGAUUGAUGAUGCGGUGCGUGUGACCGAUGCGCAGGCUUUAGCUAUGGCUCGAUGGCUGGUUGAGAAGGAUGGGAUCUUUGUUGGCAGUAGCAGCGCGGUGAACUGCAUUGCUGCCGUCAAGACAGCGAGGAAGCUCGGUCCUGGACAUAGGGUUGUUACGGUGCUUUCAGACUCUGGGUCACGGCAUCUGUCUCGAUUCUGGGCCAAGGCUGGAGAUGUUGGUGGGGCCACUGAUACGAAGCUUGAAGACGUAAUGAAUGCUCGGGAUGAAGACUUUCAAUAG